GGAACACUGAGAAAAGUCUCCUGAAGUUUACCAUGCGCGAUUCAGAAGUUGAUUUUAUCAAUGUCACGAUGUGGGGAUCUCAGGAUUUUAUAGAAAAUUUGAGCAUGGAAUUUUACAUGGGAACUGUUGUUGAAGUCAUCAACCCCACCGUAGCUUUCAGAAAUUUAAGAGGUCAUGAUGAUGUUCUCGUCCCAGAUGUUACCAGUUCUUUUACUUUAUCAUGUGAUGAGACACAAUCAAAGAUAACUAGGCAUGAGACAGAUUGUGCACGGUACUUUCCUCUUGCUCAUAUCCCCACUAAGUGUCCUGGAGAUUUCUACUCCUUGCGAGAUGCUUAUGAAAACAGUCAAAUGCUCAAGAACCGAUCAUUGAAUUUUCUAGUUGUUGUCAAAUCUGUUGGAGAAGUGAAACGAAUUAAGAUGAAAGAGGGAGAGGAAAAAGAAAUGAGAGAAAUAUCAGUAAUGGACAGAACAUUUAAUUCAAUGCCUCUGACAAUCUGGGAGUUGGAAAUGGUCAUCCGUGCAGGCUCAUGGAAACCCUGCAGAACAACAUUAUUUUUAGCGGAUUUCAAGUUGGAGUGGAUCAAAUACAAGAGCAAGUAUGCAUUAUCUUAUGGUUACCGUUCUAUCAUCAUCGACAAUCCGAUCACAGAACAAGCACAAGAAUUGGCCACGUGGGCCUACUCAACUGCCCUAGCUUCAAAGGAUGAAAAUAUUCCAUUCCCAAUUGACCCCAAAACUGUCAACACUGUUAUGUCCUCCCGAGCUGUGAGGGAAAAAGUCAAAAAGGAAGGAACUCGAACGUUUACCGCUCUAGUCUAUGCAGUGAUUUAUCACUUUGAUCUCGAUGGGUGUUCGGCUCCAACGGUCGUCAGACAGUGUGAAUAUUGCAAUUGGAGUGUGAAUGAAGAUGACACUUGCAAGAAUUGCAAUUGCCCAAGUGGAGCAGGAACUGAACUGCCAUCCACUGUGACUGUUUUUGACAUUAGAAUGCAUAUCGCUGACCACACUGGAAACUUGAUGAACUGCAAACUUACCCAAGCUGUAGCGAAGCACCUCUGUCAAUGCUCGGCGGAGGAAUUUUUAGCGAAAACUGAUGAUGAAAAGACAGCACUCAAGUUUAGAACUCUUUUUAAACAUCACGCUGUCAGAAUAAUCGUAUCUCCAAAUUCUUGCGACAAUAACAAACCAAAAGUAACUGCUCUCUCUUGUGAACGCACUUCCCUUUCUACUCACUGCACUUUAGUGCCAAUGAUGUGAUUUUCUCUGACAAGAUAAGAGAUUCGUAACCAUUAUUUGAGAGGAAGGUGAUGUGUGAACUCUGUGAUUAAAACUGACCACUUGACUGUAAAGACUAGAUACACUGGAUGGACAGACGGAUCAAGAGGACUAAAGGUGGAGAUUGGGUCUCACUGAAUCUAUUGUCUGGUUUAUAGUAGUGAUGAAAUGUCAGAGGAAGUAAGAUUUAGGCAACCACUCACUCAGGCAGGAUUCAUUUUAUAUUUUCCACUUUUUAUACACUACUGCAAGUGUCGCAGUUUUAUUGUGUUCACAAAUUAACCUGCAACGUUUUAAUGAGAACAAAAGUGGUACUUGAUCGAUCGUCGUGAACUAGGUUUUGUAUUUUUAUUGAAUUCACAUGUUGGGUUUUUACAUAAAAACUACCAGUAUCCGAAAAAGAUGAGCGAAUUAUGAAGGAAGUAGCUUGCUUAAACGGAGAUUAGUCCAUCUGAAUUUAUGCUGCCUAUUCUCCACUUUUGGGGACCGUUUCAUUAGUUAUUUAAGGUGGGGGGGAUUUGAGUUUUUCCUACAGAGUCUUAUGGGGGGGGGGGGCACUUUCUCUUACGAUUACACUCAAUGACAUAGUUCACAUAAAGUCAUAAUUUUCUUUCGUUGUGUCAAGAACUUAUUUUUUCUUACUAUUUAUUUUACUUACCUAUACAAUACCUAUAAUCUCUAUUUCAUUUAGCAAAGGUGAUCCAUCCUAAGAGGAGGUCCAAGAAAACAACCCAUACAUCAAAGCUCUGUGUCGUACCUUGCAUUUUUUGUAAAACUUUCAUUGGACGUAGGUCUCUCAUCUUUCCUUUCAUCUAGUUUUAUUCAUUUUAAAUGGAAGAAUACUUUCAGUAACACUUUUCUCUACCUGCUCCUUGUUAAUUUUUACCUGUGAAAAGGGACAUUUUUCACAAUGUUCUAUAGUUUUUUCUGUAUAUCCUACGUUCGUUUUCACAAGGAAAAGUGAAAUUUUUCUGAGUUACUUCUGGUCAUUUUUCAAGAGAAUGACAUGAUUUGCUUCUUUUUUGAUCAUUAAAGAGGUUUAAAAAACAAAAGAAGAAAGAAAACCUUUAAUUUGAUCUUAAGAUUAGUAUUCUAAAUAAUAUAGGAAUUGUUAAACUUAGAAACGUAAA